GCCAAAUAACAAAGACAAAGACUUCUCGGAUGCUUGCUUUCUUUCGUCAGCAACUUUGGCUCCACAUUUUCUUUCUCUCGUGCUCAAAGUUCAUUAAUUGUGUCAAUAAUUCUCCAACUAACUAUUCUCCGCUUAAUUGUGGUGUUUGGUUUAAAGGAGGUUUUGAAAAUCUAUAAGUGACAUCGUAAGACCAUGUCCGAUAACGGAACUCCUUCACGCCGGUCGACUCGCUCCAGUGCAAGUGUUGCUGCUAGUGUUGCUGGCUCAAGUCCUCUUGCGCCGUCAUCAGUUGGUAGUAGACGGGCGGCGCCGUCCAGCCCGGCAAGUAGCUUAGGAUUACAGUCUCUGAAUUCUGGGUCUGCAGUGAGGGUCAAUGGCACUCCUCGUGCUCGCGGAGGGUCGGACAUCUUGAACUCUCCUCUGAAUUAUGGAACACCAACAUCAAUUUCGACCCCAAGAACAUCUGGAAUUGCAACUGCUACACCUUUGCGACAUAGAAAUGAUAUUAAUGCUGAUAGAAAUGUUCGACACAUCAAUAUUCCUCCCGGAGAAAAUCAAGAUGGGCCACAUUUACUGAUUUGGGGGACCAACGUGUCUGCCACUGCAUUCAAAGAAAAAUUUCAACGCUUCGUCCAGGAAUACAAAGAGGAUGUCGUUGAAGAAGACGAUUUCGAAACUUUGGAAGAAAUCACUUCUAACAAACCAUUUUACAUGAGAAAAUUAGAAGAAAUUAACCUUUUGGAAGAACCAUUUUUAAAUUUGAAUUGUGCACAUCUUCAAAAGUUUGACGAGGAUCUGUAUCGUCAGUUGAUAUGUUACCCUCAAGAAGUCGUUCCAACGAUGGAUGCAGCAGUAAACGAGAUAUUCUUCACAGAGUAUCCGAAUACGAAACUAGUUCAUCAAAUCCAUGUUCGUCCAUACAAUGCCGACAAAUCUAAAACAAUGCGAUUGUUGGAUCCUGAAGAAAUUGAUCAACUGGUGACGAUUAGUGGACUUGUCAUACGUACUUCCAACCUUAUGCCCGAAAUGAGAGAAGGCUAUUUCAAGUGUUCUGUAUGUGAACAUGGAGCAAAAGCCGAAAUUGAUCGUGGAAAGAUUCUUGAGCCUGUCCUCUGUCCCAACUGCAACACUAAUUUCUCAUUUACACUUAUUCACAAUCGAUCCACCUUUGCUGACAAACAGUUGAUUCGCUUGCAAGAAGAUUUAGAGGACACGCCGGUUGGCGAAACUCCUUACAUGGCUACAUUGUUUGCUCAUGGAGAAAUGGUUAACAUGGUCCAACCUGGCGAUCGCAUUACAGUGACUGGGAUUUAUCGUGCAGCACCAUUCCGUCUCAACCCAAGGCUUCGAACGGUUCGAGCAGUGUACAAAACCUACAUUGAUGUGGUUCAUUAUCGUAAAAUUGACAUCAAGCGUCUUAGAGAUGACCGUGAUGGGAAAGGGUUGCACAUCAGUCCGGAACGAAUUGAAUUUAUUCAAGAGCUAUCUAAGAAGGAAGACAUUUAUGAACGGCUUGCACGAGCUAUUGCACCCUCAAUUUACGAACAUGAGGAUGUCAAAAAAGGAAUAUUAUUACAAUUGUUUGGGGGAACAAACAAGGAGUUUGAAAAUACUGGCCGUGGUCGUUUUCGAGCUGAGGUAAACAUUUUGCUUUGUGGAGACCCAGGAACUAGCAAAUCUCAAUUGCUGAAGUACGUUUUUGAUUUGGUUCCAAGAAGUCAAUACACUUCUGGAAAGGGCUCUAGUGCUGUUGGGUUGACGGCAUAUGUUACAAAAGAUCCAGAAACAAAGCAAAUGGUAUUACAGACUGGUGCACUGGUAUUGGCUGACAAUGGGGUGUGUUGUAUCGAUGAGUUUGAUAAGAUGAACGAAUCUACGAGAAGUGUUCUGCAUGAGGUUAUGGAACAGCAGACUUUGUCAAUUGCCAAGGCUGGGAUAAUUUGCCAACUGAAUGCUCGGACUUCUGUACUAGCUGCAGCCAAUCCAUUGGAAUCGCAAUGGAAUCAAAAGAAGACAAUUAUUGAAAAUGUGCAUUUGCCGCACACGCUUUUGUCUCGGUUUGACCUGAUCUUUCUGCUCUUGGAUCCACAAAAAGACUCGUAUGAUCGACGAUUGGCCCGUCACAUGAUUUCUUUGUAUUUCAGAAGUCCAGAAGAAGAAGAUGCUGAUUUACUUGACAUGAGCGUUCUUCGCGACUACAUUGCAUAUGCCAAGGAAUUUAUACAACCAAAGCUUGGUGACGAAGCUUCACAACGCCUAAUCCAGGCUUAUGUUGAUAUGAGGAAAGUUGGUCAGGGUCUUGGGCGUAUUAGUGCUUACCCAAGACAGUUAGAAUCGCUAAUUCGUCUCUCUGAAGCCCACGCCAAAAUUCGUUUGUCCAACCUUGUAGAAGUGGCAGAUGUUGAGGAGGCUUGGAGACUUCAUAAAGAGGCAAUGAAACAGGCGGCAACGGAUCCUGCCACCGGAAAAAUUGAUGUCUCGAUUCUAACAACCGGGGAAAGUGCAUCUGGGAGGAAGCGUAAACAAGAUAUUGCAGAAGCCGUCAAGAGCCUGUUGCGGAAAAAGGGAAAAGUUGCCAGCAUCAAUUAUCUCAAACUGUUCAAUGAAGUGAAGGAAUCCUCAACUUUGAUGAUCACAAAAGAAACGUUUGAAGAUAUUAUCAAGGAACUGCAGGACGAAGGAAUACUUGUGAUGCAGGGGAGAACAACUAUUCGUCUUUGCAAUGCUUAAUGAUGAAUUCCUUGUUGUUCUCUCAGGAUUAUUUAAUAUUUUUCAAUUUGUAUUUAACAAACUUCUUACAUUAUAUUACCUUUUUGCUCGAAUAGCAAAGUAAUUUUUGUUAUCAAUUUCAAAAUAGCAUUACAAACAAAUAACAUUUUGAUUAUAAUAAAUAACUACAUGUCGAACUCUGACCAC